AUGGAGCAAGAGCAUCAUUCGACAACAGACUGUCAAAGGGACAACACCUCAAAACGUGCUGCUGCUGAAAAGGCUGGAUUUCGAGGGGAGAAAAUCCCAAAGAGGCCGACGUUGAAAAAGAGGUGGACGCGAGAGGGACAGACGGGAGCUGUCGAAUGGGUUCCGGAACGACCCUACCUUUCAGUGCCAGAGUCAACAGUGCCUUUAUUUUCCGUUUCUUUUCACGUCGCCGAAAGCUACGGUUCGGUUGUCGGUAGUGCUUCUGAGCAGGGGCAGAUGAGGAUCCCGAUGGUAGGACUUCACGUAAUGACGCGACUAGGGACCGACGGGCGCUUGACUCCUCCGGUGACCAGCUCCUUUGUUCUACGAAAAACUAGAACAAGCUUCACUUGUGUUGUCAUGGCGAACAACAGUGAAAAGGGUGAUGCCAAGCAACCCGAGGGCUCAUCAACGAGCAACAACCAGCAAAAGGUGCAGUUAGCACCGACCCAGACAAAUGUGGGAGAACAAGGCGUACUCACCGAAAAGCAGACCGGCUGGCUUGAAGCACAGUUUGAGGUCAAGACUGGCCCAAAUAAAUGCUUCGUGCUGAGAAAGAAGCCAGCUCCGCCUCCCAGACCAGCAACUCGACCGGUACAACCAGUCGCAGACAAAGUUCCUACCCCACCUCUCUCGCCGAACUCAAUGACCAGAGCUGCUUAUGAAGCAUCUCUGAAGACCAGCAGUGAACUUCAGGAAAUGAACAAGAUGUUGUCAUCCAUCGCUGAACUCCUGAAGAAAAACAUUGAGCUGCAACUACAAACACAGGAUGGUCAUGUGUCUCAAGGACAGGCCGAGGAGGACAGUGAACUCCACGAUCGCACCGAGGGAAGCUCGGUGAUCGACGAAAACAAUCAACGAGUCAGACUGAUCAACCCGUUCCACCAGCAACAACAGCAAAAACAACAAACAGGCGACGUCGAAGACUGGGACGCCGAGAUAGAAAGGGCUGAAAAGGAGAAGACCAACGUCUCCAGUACCAACAACAUUCCAGCUGAGAAACGCGAGCACGUGCUCUCUCACGCCCUCGGAAAUACACCAGCACUGCCCAGUCUCUCAAUGUCGCGUGAAUUUGUAGUCAGUAACCCAGUCAACACAUCGACUCCACACCAGGUCACUGGAAAGAGAACGAUGUCCGUGUCCCCGAGGUCGGAUUCGGGCACAGCUCUACACGCCCAAACACAGAACCAACAUUGA